CUGACAUUGACAACUGGACAAUGGCUGCGGAAGUUUGCAGUUCCACCUUUGACUCCGAGAUCACAGGUACAUUUUUGCUUGGUGCGCAGCAGAGCCAGCUGAAGAGGGCAGCGUCAUGCCUCACUCGCUAAGUCCCCGGGAGCGGAGUCCGGGCCCUCCAUCGGGGUCGUCGAGGCGCAAGGAAAGGACGUCGUUGCUCGUGCGCAAUCUUCCUCGGAGCAUGCGUCAGGAGGAGCUCCGCUAUGCCUUCACCCGCUUUGGUCCCAUGCGAGACGCUUACAUCCCGAGGGACUACUACACAGGGGAGUCCCGUGGAUUCGGUUUCGUCGAGUUCGAUGACCCCCGGGACGCCUCGGAUGCCCAGUACGACAUGGACAGGAGUGUCCUAGCGGGGCGCGAGAUCACUGUCGUCUUUGCGGAGGAGCGGCGGAAGGCGCCCGACGAGAUGCGGACUCGAGAACGCACGAGCCGGCCACCCCCUCGAGAUUCCCGGGAGCCUCGUGACCCCGAUCGGCGCCGCCGAUCUUAUUCCCCUCGCCGCCGGGACUCGCCGCCACGGAGGGACGUAUCUCCUCCACCCCGGGAUCAGAGCCCACCAAGAGCUAGAGACGAAAGAGAACGGAAUCGGUCUCCAACACGCUCACCGCCACCGAAGAGGACCCCAUCCCCGCGCACAGGGUCGAGAAGCCCAUCACGGUAAUCCUACUUCAAGGAGCGGCAAGCAAACGAUGAACGAGUUCUCGUUUUGUGCAACAUAGAUGCCAAGCUUUGUGGCGUCUAUGUACUUUCGCUAAGCUUCAGCAUGACAGCAAGAGAGGGCGAAGCUUCAGGUUCAUUGUACAGUACCAUUGCAUGCAUGAUACCUAAGUCAUCACAGCGGACAAUCGGUCCUGCCAACCAAGUGUUAAAUAUCAUCUGUGCAUUGGAGAGCUUUUGAUUUUGUGGAAUACCUUUUAAGGUACGACAAUGGCAUAGAGGUUUGCAAACCGUUCUACCUACUAUAAGGUUAUGCCGCAUGCAAUUGAGUUCUUUGUGGGUGUCUUGCAUCCAAGAAACUGAACUUGCAACUAUGUCGAUCACUGGC